UUCAAGACUCGCAGCGUUCUCUCUCCUCCCCAAAUAUGAACCACACCCCCGACCGCCCCAGAAACACUGAGGUUUCGCGCGACCUCGUCCGACGGCGACGAAGAUCAAGAACAUUCAUGAGAAUCAUGAAGCUUUUCCGACACCUCUCAUCGUUCGUGUUCUAUUUCACGAGCUCCUGUCGGUAAAUAACCGACAAGAGAGGCAGUGAUGCGGCGGAGCGCCCGAGGGAAAUGGCAGUGCUUCACCCGUUGCUCUCGUGCGCCUCCUCUCGUCUCCCAUGUCGUUCGACCCACCAGAAAGGUCUCAAAUUUCAAUCGCUCAAGCCACCCCAACUCGAAAUUAAGCAGCUUUGUUGCAGCAAAACGUCAGCUUUAGCGCCACGUAGUUUUGUCCAGCCAUUUCCUAGCACUUCCCCGCCGCUCCGUCGCCAAAACCCACCGGAAAGAUCAGACUCUGAGCUGUUGUUAUUGAGCAGUGAACCUGCAGUUGAUGUUCACAUGUUUAGCGAGAGAAUUAAUGAUUUCGUGGACCGAGGGUUGUUCGAAGAUGCUGUAAGAUCUUAUAUUCAGAUGCUUGAGUAUGUUUUACCUGUUGAGGAAUUCCAGUUCUUUCCACGUUUGAUUAAGGCUUUUGGGUGGAUGUCCGAUGUGGAGAGGGCGAAACAGAUACAUGGCCAUGUGUUGAAGCUGGGAACUUUGGAUGCUGUGGAGGUUGCCAAUUCGGUCUUAGGGAUGUAUUGGAAAUGCGGGGCUGUUGAUCACGCUGUCCGCAUGUUUGGGAAAAUGCUCGACCGGGAUUCGGUUACUUGGAACACAAUGGUUUCGGGGGCCCGCCGGUCUGGGGAUUUCAGUGGUUCAUUGGGGGUUUUCAGCCAAAUGGUAGGGGACUUUGGUGUGUACCCAAAUAGAGUGGCUUGUCUUUCUGCUCUCUCGGCAUGUGCUUCAGUUAGUAGCUUGAUCCAUGGGCGAGAACUCCACAGUUUUGUCGUGAAAAAUCAUUUUUCAUUUGAUCGGUCUUUGGCUUGUGGGAUUAUUGAUAUGUACAUGAAAUGCAGGGACAUAAGGAGUGCUGAAAAUGUCGUCAUGAGCGUUGUGGAAAAAGAGUCUGUGAUUGGAAAUUCAGCGAUAUGGAAUGCAAUGGUGCUUGGCUAUUUAACUAAUGGUUGUCUAUCAGAGGCUUCAGUGCUGUUGGCUGAAAUGUUUGGGUUGGGUGUAGAAGAUGAUUCUUCAAUCAUUGUUGCUGCUUUGGUUUUUUGUUCGCAUUCCUUGGAUUCUGUCCUUGGAGAAAAAAUCCAUGGACUUGUUUGCAAAUUUGGAAUGGAAAAAGAAAUAAGAGUAGCUACUGCUCUAAUGGAUAUGUAUUUAAAAUGCGGUAAGGCUGAAGCUGGUCAAAAUAUCUUCAGUAAGUGUCAAACUCGUAAUAUAGUGAUGUGGGGAACCUUAAUCUCAAAUUAUGUCAAAAGUGAUCUCCCCACUGAGGCAUUGGAUCUAUGUCAUAAAUUUAUAGAUGAAUAUGGAUUUGCAGAUUCAGUUGUAGUUUUAACUGCAUUGCGCGCAUGUUCAUCUUUGACUCUUAUAGCAAAGGGGAGGGAGUUCCAUGGAUUAGCAAUAAAAGUAGGGCUUACUGGUGAUGUUUUUGUUGGAGGUGCAUUGGUUGACCUUUAUGCAAAAUGCACAGAUAUCGAGUCUGCUCAAAUUGUUUUGCAUGGACUACCGUUGAGAGAUUUGGUACCAUGGAAUGCUUUAAUAUCUGGAUAUACGCAAAAUGACCUUCCAGAUGAAGCCUUGAAGUCAUUUCGUGAUAUGCAGUUGGAAAACAUCAGACCAAACACCGUUACCAUAGCAUCCAUUCUUUCUGUUUGUGCUCAAAUAUCAGCAUUUAGCAUGUGCAGGGAGGUCCAUGGUUACACAUUGAGGCAAGGGUUUGAAUCCAGUGUUCUCGUGAGCAAUUCAUUAAUUUCCACAUAUGCAAAAUGUGGGGACAUAUGCAGUGCUCGCAUUAUAUUCGACAGCAUUCAGGGAAAAAACCAAAUAUCGUGGAAUUCUAUUAUAUUGGGAUUAGGAAUGCAUGGCCGCACAGAUGAAAUGUUUGCUCUAUUUGAAAUAAUGAAGUCAACUGGUGUGAUGCCGGACCGUGCCACUUUCACAGCUCUUCUUUCUGCAUGUAGCCAUUCAGGUAGGGUUGAUCGGGGAUGGGAGUACUUCAAAAGUAUGGCCGAAGACCACAAACUUGAGCCUCAACUUGAACAGUACACUUGCAUGGUUGAUCUUCUGGGCCGCACUGGUCAUUUGGACCAUGCAUAUGACCUGAUCAUGUCCAUGCCUUUUGCUCCGGAUGAUAGGAUCUGGGGAUCAUUGCUUGGAUCUUGCAAAACUCAUGGUGAUGGUAGGCUGGCAGAUGUCGUGGCUGGUCAUAUUUUUGAAAUUGAUCCAGAUAGUAUCGGUUAUCGUGUCCUCCUUGCCAAAUUACAUGAGUUUAAUGGGAAGCAUAGUUUGGUUGCUAAUAUUAGAUCAGAUAUACAGGACAAAGGACUGAAGAAGCAACCUGGUUGCAGUUGGAUUGAAAUUGAUAGCAAGAUGCAUGCUUUUAUUGCAGGGGACCAUUCACACCGUCAGUCACAAGAAGUUUAUGCCACUCUGGAUUGCUUGACAAGAGAGAUUUUAAGAUUAUCUCAUACAAAUCGGUCAAAUGAAGAAGAUACUGAGUUUGAUGUGGCCAGGCCAGAGAAGCUUUUACCAUGUGACAACAAUCGUUUGUUUAUUGUAACGUGAUGGAGGAAACUAUAAUAUAACAGUUUCCAGAGAAGUUCUGCCAUGGCUCUGCAAAAAAUGAGUGACGUGCAGCAACUGAAUUUGAGAGUUGGAGAAGCGUGACGAUACCAAGACAAUCUACAGACUCCUCCAUCUCUGUUUCUCCUGCAGCAGAUACGAGAGGGAUGUGGAAAAUCCACCAGUAACGUUGAGAGACAAGCGCCACCACUAUUGUGGGCAAUUAUAUGAAGAGUUAUGGCAUCCUUCAGAAACAAUUGGAUCCUAGGUUCUGUCAUUUUUUAAGUGAUUUGUAGGAAGAAGCUCUAGGUUGCUGAACUUUCAGCAAUAUCAGGUCAAAGGCAUUAACAGAACUAAACCACCACUGAUCUCGGUGAGUUUUCUUUAAGAGUCACAAGUUUUUCACUGGAGAAAUAAAUUUGGAGAAGGUGGCAAGACAAUUUUUUCAAGAUAGUGUCUGGAUUCUCUGAAUGCAAAGGUUAACUGGCAUGCAUGCUCCAAGUGAUUCGGUUGAAUGGAAUACGGAGUUUUCUUCACUAGAUGCUCAUACAUGUGGCGUCCUCGAAGAGAUGAGACAUGCUGUGUAAGUACUACCAAUGCUGUCUCUGACAUACUAUUUCUCCGGGAAAGAGGCACCUUACAUCAAACAUUGGCAGCAGAAUUAGUCAGAAUUCGGUGACUAUUUGUGAGCAAGCCUUCCUGAUGUAAAUGUACUGGUCUUUGCAAAUGGAAAUGAUCGAGAUACUCUGUGGGCAGGUGGAGAAGUUUUCACUUGCUUUUUCCAUGUGUUGCUUGUGGCACUCAAACUAUGAAAAGAGGUACCUGCACAGCAAAAACAUGUGGAAAUGAGACUGAAGGCGCCGGUAAUUGGUUCUGGAAACUGAUUUCUAUAAUGAGUGUUUUUGCUAGAGAGUGCUCUAUCGUUGCAGAUGACAUUGUUUCAUCCAGACUCUUUCCAUUUACGAGUAAAAGCACUGUCAGGCUUUUGUGCGUCAGUUGCGAAAUAUUCGGUAUUAUGGUUGUCCUGAGCUUGCGAUCAAA